CGUGGCAGGUUUACAGCCAUUGAAACCUCAUGGCGACUGUUCUUUCCUCUCAUUCUCACAAUGCUCUUCUUCUUUGCUCCGCCAAAACCCUUGGCGCAGAUGAUCCAGCGCGAGGAUUCUCGUCGCGGCGAUCGAUCUGUGAGUUUCGGUGGGAGAAGGCGCGGCCGAUCCUCGGAUGCAAGCGGCGAUGGCGCGGAUUGGCAGCAGCCGCGGGAGCAGCGGAUUCUCUUAUGCCUGGAAUUUCGACCGAUGCCAGCGUUUUGGAUCUUUCGGGCAAUGUGAUCGCUCUGACUGAUUUGUGGAAGGAUCGAACUGCUGUCGUUGCCUUUGCUCGGCAUUUUGGGUGUAUCCUCUGUCGCAAACGGGCUGAUGUUCUAGCAUCGAAGAAGGAAGUGUUCGAUGCUGCUGGUGUGUCGCUUGUUCUGGUCGGACCCGGCACUGUCGACCAGGCAAAAGCAUUUGCUAGCCAGACACAGUUCCCCGGAGAAGUUUAUGCCGAUCCAACCCAUGCUUCAUUUGACGCGUUCCAAUUCGUCUCUGGCGCGUCCACCAUCUUUAAUCCCAAGGCUGCUAUGCGAGUUAUGGGAGCUCAUUUAGAAGGCUAUCGACAAGACUGGGGUCUCUCUUUCGAGAAAGAUACUGUACAGAGAGGUGGCUGGCAGCAAGGAGGAAUUGUCAUUGCUGGGCCCGGGAAAGAUCGGUUGCUCUACAUCCACAAGGACAAGGAAGCAGGCGACGAGCCCGACAUCAAAGAAGUCAUAGCAGCAUGUUGUGAGAAACAAAACUUGUCAUGAUGCAUAUUUCUCGCUGCAAGUUCUCAGCCAUCUGCAAGCUUUGGACGAGACCUCCGUCCGAAUUCAUGUAAGCAAUGUUGGCAAGCAACACGCUCGCAUAAGUUGCCGCUC